AUGCGUUUUAUUUUAAUUGGUUCUGCGCUUGUGUGUUUUGCAAUAAGUUUCAAACUCGAUUUGUCUGACCCUGACUAUAAUAUUGGUGGAACAGUUAAAAAAGGUUGGGAACCAUUACGUGAUUUGUUUCAAGAAAACUUCGAAAACGAGCUCGAUUUGGGUGCGUCUUUAGCCAUUUACCACCAAGGAGAACUUGUUGUGGAUUUAUGGGGCGGGUGGUUUGAUGAACAGAAAACUAAGCCUUAUGAUAAUGAUACACUACAACUCGUAUUUUCCACAUCAAAAGGCCUCGUUGCAACGGCUGUUGCUCUUUGUGUACAACGUCAUUUAUUGAACUAUACCGAUAUGGUUACAAAAUAUUGGCCAGAGUACGGACAAAAUGGCAAGGAAAAUACAACAGUGGCCGAUAUCAUGUCACAUAGAGCUGGACUACCUGUACUGAGUAAUACUAAUAUGUCAGUUGACGAUUAUUUAGAUUGGUAUUCAAUGAUCCACGCAUUGGAGAAGCACCGCCCAUACUGGGUGCCGGGCACGCAACAUGGUUAUCAUGCACUUACCUAUGGAUGGUUAGCUGGUGAACUUGUUAGACGCGUUGAUACAAAACAAAGAACUUUAGGACAGUUCAUCCGAGACGAAAUUUCAAAACAGACACAAAGCGAAUUUUAUAUUGGAUUACCUGAAGAAUACGAACGUCGUGUGUCACCACUCGUCAUGAAACCCUCAGAACAGCAAGUGUUGAAUGCGGAAAAUAAUUUAUUACUGCAAGCAUUAACGGAAGAUCCUUUAGCAGGAUUGCUUGAAUUUAAUGAUCCGAAAGUACACCGAGCUGAGAUUCCAGCGGGGAAUGGGAUAACAAAUGCUCGAUCCCUAGCUCGAAUCUAUGCAUCGUUGAUUGGUGAUUCAAAUAAUUCAAAACAAUUAUUAAAUGCGAUGAUCUUAAAACAGGCAACGAAAUCAAAUACACCUGAAAACGAACUAGAUCAAAUUUUUAAUACACCGACUACAUUUGGAAUGGGUUUCCAGACCUAUGGACCAGUGUUUAACCUAUUGGGACCAGGAACAUUUGGCCAUAAUGGUGCUGGUGGCAGUAUAGGUAUGGCUUCUCCACCCCUCAAUCUCUCAUUUGCCUAUGUUAUGAAUCGGCUCGACCGCGAAUCUUCAUCAGCCAUCGAUCCUCGAAUUAAGCCAAUCAUAGACAAAAUUAGUUUAAUCGUACACAAUCAAGACUAA